GACGCCAGGAAGAGCACGGUAUUUAUCUAUCGAUGAAUGAAGCGGAACCAAGAACUUCAUUCAUUUACGUUUCUGUCAAAUCCCUGGAGUCACAGUCAAGUAUUCCAGGUGUGGAUGUUUGUUAGUCCUGGUAGAAACAGCAGCAGGUGUGUGCACAAAGGUCUGUGCGUGUGCUCCAGCGUCGUGCAUGUUCGUGAAGAGCCCGUGUAAGCCAUGUCUGUGUCAGUGAUCAUAAAGUGGGGAGGACAGGAGUACUCCAUCAGUUCUCUUUCUGAGGAGGACACUGUGAUGGACCUGAAACAGUCUAUCAAGAGUCUGACUGGGGUGUUACCAGAGAGACAGAAACUACUGGGACUAAAGAUUAAAGGUAAACCUGCAGAGGAUGAGGUUAAGCUGGGCUCCUUGAAACUAAAGCCUAAUACCAAAAUUAUGAUGAUGGGUACCAGAGAAGAAAGCCUGGAAGAUGUUUUAGCUCCUCCCCCAGACAAUGACGAUGUUGUAAAUGAUUUUGACAUUGAGGAGGAAGUCAUAGAGGUAGAGAACAGAGAGGAGAAUCUUGCUAAAAUAGCUCGCAGAGUCAAAGACUAUAAAGUCGAGGAACUGAAUCCUCCCAGAGAAGGCAAGAGGCUCCUGGUGUUGGAUGUGGACUACACUCUGUUUGAUCACAAGUCUUGUGCCGAAACGGGUCAGGAGCUGAUGAGACCAUUCCUUCAUGAGUUUCUCACAUCUGCCUAUGAGAACUACGACAUUGUUAUCUGGUCUGCUACAAGUAUGAAGUGGAUAGAGGCCAAGAUGAAAGAGUUGGGAGUGACGGAUAACCCAAGUUACAAGAUCACAUUCAUGUUGGACAGCGGAGCCAUGAUCACAGUACACACUCCGAAGAGAGGGGUGGUGGAGGUGAAGCCUUUAGGUGUGAUCUGGGGAAAGUAUGGAGAGUUUUACAACAGAAAGAACACCAUCAUGUUUGAUGACAUCGGACGGAAUUUCCUCAUGAAUCCACAGAAUGGACUAAAGAUCCGACCCUUCAUGAAGGCCCAUCUCAACAGGGAGAAGGACAGAGAGCUCUCUAAACUGGCUCAGUACCUGAAAGAAAUCGCCAAGCUUGAAGACUUCAGUGGACUUAAUCAUAAACAUUGGGAAAGGUACUUAUCCAAGAGGCAGCAGCACUGAGGAAAGAGUCAACUAUCUGCAAACAAUUGGGCUAGAAACAAAAACUCCAUCCUUCAGUUCUACCCAACACAAACACACACACACCCAAAUCCGUCUCUCCAAACAACCUUGUUGGACUUAGACCACCAAUUAACCCGUAAUGUUGCAGACGCCAACACUGUCACUCCCAGAAGUAGCUUCCUUCCUCCUUUAUAUAUUUGCAUGGUCUUCUUGGUCUGAAUAUUUUUUUUACAUUCAUUGCCAUGACAAACUUCAGAGUGACUACCAGCUGAUGAUGGAUGGCUAUAACACUCAGUCAAGUCCACAGUGGCCUACAGAUUUCUACAAUUGUUUACAUCUGUUUUAUCACGUCAAUGUUGGAGGAAAAUAAGGGUCAUGUUCCUGUGUGUCCAUCCCACCUCUGAACGCAUUCUGGUCCAGAAAGCUCAAAUAUCACAUUUCAUAACAGGUAUUAAAGUGUUUUCAGCGUUCAGGAAGUCAUUUGGUUUAGCAGCUAUCAGUGUACAUUGCAUAUCUAGAAAAUCUCUUGGUUGUAAUGAAAAACCUUGAUUUGUACCUGUUUCUUUUUUUUUUUUUUUUAGAGCAGUGGUCCAAACCAAAAGCAGAUUUGAUCACUGCUAUACAACAAUAUGCAAUAACCAUUAAAACUACUGUGAGAUAAAAAAUAAUAUUCAUAAAAUUUUGACACUGGUUACAUCACUGACUAUUACAAUGGACUUCAAUGCAUGUUUUGCUAUAAUAUAUUCAUGAGUUAAGUGUGCAGCGCUGGUCAAGGCUGGAUGGUGCUGACGUGGAUUUGCCCAAAAAUGUGUUUGUUCUGUUUUUGUUUUGGGUGUCUCUUUUUUGUGUGUGUGUGUAAUUUGUACGUGCACACUUUAAAACACUAGUUCAAGAAAGGAUCAGUUGCUUGAGUUUUUUUCUGAUAUCGAAAGUUUUUACCAAACAGUGUAAGUCUAAUUUAGACUAUUUCAGUUGUUACCAAAAGUCCUUUUAAGUUAUAGACAAAGGUGUAGUUUAUUAUUUAAUGAGAUGAUGUCAUUGUCUGACUUUUUGUUUUCUUAUAAACUUCCUGUAAAUUUAACCAUAAAAUCUUUUUUGUACCAAAA